CAGGGUGAAGAGACCGAAGAGGAUCCUCCCCCUUGUUGCACACAGACAUAAAAGCCGACAGCGUCUCGAGUCAGACACUCAGAGGGACUUGGCUCUCCUUUUGCAAACGGCUCAUCUUCAGUUCUCUUCUUCUCAGAGAGUUGAGCACCACUGCAAACACGAUGAGGAAGUCAUACUCAGUCUCUGGCGGCAGCAGCAUCAGGAGGUCCAAUGCACCGAGCAGCUACUCCGUCCAAAGAACCAGUUAUGGUUCCGGUGGUGGUGGUUUUGCUUCCGGUGGUUUCAGUAGUUCCAGCGGUUUUGGUGGUUCCGGUGGUUUUGGUUCUGGUAUGUCUUCAAUGGGUGGUAGUUAUGGCUUUUCCUCAAGCCAAGGAGGCGGCUGCAUUCCCCCACAGAUCACCGCUGUCCAAGUUAACCAGAGCCUGCUGGCCCCCCUGAACCUGACUAUCGACCCAUCCAUCCAGGUGGUCCGUACCCAGGAGAAAGAGCAAAUCAAGACCCUCAACAACCGCUUCGCCUCCUUCAUCGACAAGGUCCGUUUCCUGGAGCAGCAGAAUAAGAUGCUGGAGACCAAAUGGAGCCUCCUGCAGGACCAGACCACAACCCACUCCAACAUCGAUGCCAUGUUCGAAGCCUACAUUUCCAACCUGCGCAGACAGCUGGACGGGCUCGGCAACGAGAAGGUCAAGAUGGAGGGAGAGCUGAGGAACAUGCAGGGCCAUGUUGAGGACUUCAUGAGGAAGUAUGAAGAUGAAAUCAACAAACGUGCAGGUGCAGAGAAUGAAUUUGUGCUCCUGAAGAAGGAUGUUGAUGCUGCUUACAUGAACAAGGUGGAGCUGGAGGCCAAAGCUGACGGUCUUCAGGAUGAGAUCAACUUCCUCAGGGCCGUCUAUGAGGCUGAGCUCCGUGAGCUGCAGGGCCAGAUCAAGGACACCUCCGUCAUCGUGGAGAUGGACAACAGCCGUAGCCUGGACAUGGACUCCGUUGUGGCUGAAGUGCGUGCUCAGUAUGAGGACAUCGCCAACCGCAGCAAGGCGGAAGCAGAGACCUGGUACAAACAGAAGUAUGAUGAGAUACAGAGCUCUGCCGGACAGUAUGGGGAGGACAUCCGAUCUACCAAGACUGAGAUCUCUGAGCUGAACCGCAUGAUCUCCCGUCUUCAGAACGAGAUUGAGUCUGUCAAGGGACAGAGGGCCAGCCUUGAGGCCCAGAUCGCAGAGGCUGAGGAGCGUGGUGAGCUGGCAGUGAAGGACGCCAAGCUCCGCAUCCGGGACCUGGAGGACGCUCUGCAGAGAUCCAAGCAUGACAUGGCCCGCCAGGUGCGCGAGUACCAGGAGCUGAUGAACAUCAAGCUGGCCCUGGACAUCGAAAUUGCGACCUACAGGAAACUGCUGGAAGGAGAGGAGAGCAGACUGACCAGCGGAGGUUCAACCGCCACCAUCCACGUGCAGCAGACCUCUGCAGGCGGUGGAUUAUCCAGCUCCAGCUCCGGCGGUGGAUUCGGAUACGGCGGCGGAAGCAGCGGCGGCUACGGCGGCGGCAGCAUGUCUGGUGGUUAUGGUGGAACCAUUACCAAGUCCACAGUCUCAUCAACCAGUUCCAGGAGAGUCUAUUAAAAAAGGAGAGCCAUCCCUCUUGUCCCUUCAGAACCCCUUCAGUUUGAUCUCAAUCCGCACAAAUAAUACAAAAUACAAAAAAACACAAAGGCUUUGAUGGAGGGUUGAAACUGAGCCAGGGCCAUUUGACGAUCUGUACUUAAAUGUAGUGCACUGAUGAACGUCUCUGAAGGAAAAGGUAAACCAUGCAGUGACACGUUCAGGAGGACUUGGGUUGAAGUCGUUGUUCCUACAUUUGAGUGCUGAUGUCGGUCAGGGGGGCAACACACUGACCAGGUCCAGGUUCAUUUGUGUGACUUUACACUUUGAACUGAUUGUCUAUCGGUUCGUUCUUCUGACCGUCAAAAGUUUCCAUGUUUAGUUUUUUUCCCAUUUACCUUCCAUAAAGAAUAAAACCACGGCGAAACCAGAUUUAUUGUUUAUAUCAGCACAUAAAUAAAUCUGAGAAUUUAAAUGGC